ACUAAUAUAUUUGGUAAUGAAAUGAGGAAUUGUUUUCUCAAGAUGAUGAUCAGAGGCAGAGGGUAAGUCACGUGAGUGCACGUGCAAAAAAAUAAUGUAUCCUUUUCCUCUCCAAAUGCUUUAAUAAUUUCUUUUUGAAAAAAAAAACAAGCCGUUUUUUCAGGUUUUAUAUAAAGAAACACACAUUCAUCAGUACAAACACUUGUCAGCACCUUUGCCAUUAUUCAACACUCCAGAUCCAAAGUCCCGACCUUUCUCCAUUUUCUUUCUUGGAUCCUUUCUCUUUCUCCUACAUAACCUACUUUCCUGGAAAACCCAUUUCCUAUUUUUCCCGGGAAACCCAAAAAAAUAAAAAAAAGAAAUCCUCGAAUACUACAGGUGGGUUCUUGAUUCUUGAACUUUAUAGUUUAUACCUUACUAUCUUUCCUUCUUUCUUUGUUUAACUCUUUCUCCAUUUUCUUUCUUGGAUUCUUCCUCUUUCUCUUACUUUACUUGCUUUCCUGGAAAAUCCAUUUCCUAAUUUUCCCGGGAAAACUAAAAAUGAAAUCUUGAAUACUACAGUAUGGAUUCUUGGUUCUGGAAUCUUGAUUCUUGAUACCCAGUUUCACUUUCUUUAUUUCUUGAUUCUUGAUUCUUGAUUCUUUUACUGUUUUGGGACUUGAAUUGCAAAAAGAUGGCAGCAUCAAGAGAAGUAUCAACAAUGAUAAAACAAGGGUUCAUAUCAGACCCAACACUUUCUUUUUCACCUUCAAGAAGUAUUACUUCUUCCACAGCAACAACACUCUCUAGAGUUUUUUUAAACUCUCCAACAAACUCUAAAACCCUACUCUCUCCCCCUCACUUCAAUAACUCAACUGAGCUGACUCACCCGCCACCACCACCACCAACUCGCUCUAGUCACCACCCGACCCUUUUCCAGAUGAUGUCUGAGGAGCAAUCUUUUGAACAAAACCGUCAAAAAACCCAAUCAAAAAUCUCAAAAAUAGUUAAAGAAUUUGAUAACUUCAAUAACUAUUGUGGUUUCGGAUUGGGUGAUGUGAGGCUUACUGUGAUUGGGAGAGAUGGACUUAAGGUUUCUUGUGAUGUGCAUAAAAGGGUUCUGAUUGAAAAGAGCGGAUUUUUUAGGGAGAAGUUAAGAGAUAGAGAAAAGGGUAUUAUGCAUUCAGUUGAGAUUAGUGAGUGUGAUGAUGUAGAGGUGUACCUUGAGGCUUUGGUUUUGAUGUACUGCGAUGAUUUGAAGAAGAGAUUGAUGGGUGAGGAGGUCACCAAGGUCUUGGCAGUCCUCAAGGUAUGUGCAGCUAUCACGUUUGAUGCAGGGAUUAUGUCAUGCUUAGAAUACUUGGAAGCAGUGCCGUGGUCGGAGGAUGAAGAGGAAAAUAUUAUAUCUCAUCUCAGUCAACUUCAACUUCAUGACUCAGCAAAUGAAGUUCUCCAAAGAGUAUCAUGUGAACUAUCUACUUCUUAUAGAUCUGAUGACAUCUUCCUGAAACUGCUGAAUGGCGUUUUACAAGCCAAAGAUGACAAAGCUCGCCGCGAGAUGAGAACUGUAAUUUCUCGGUUAUUUAAAGAAGACUCAUCUAAUCAUGAUAACAGGCUUGAUAUUUCGAAAGAUACCCUUUAUUCUCUCUGCCAUGGAUGUCUUAGUUCUCUAAUCUUAUGCUUAUCUGAAGCUGCAUGUAUGAAUGAUGCCAGGCUUGAUCGUGGAGGUUUAAUGAGUGACAUAGGUCGAGAAGCUGAAAAUUUGCAAUGGAUUGUUGAUAUUCUCAUUGAUAGAAAAGCAGCAGAGGAGUUUGUAAAAUUGUGGGCAGAUCAGAAGGAGCUUGCAGUUCUCCAUUCAAAGAUCCCUACCCUCUACCGACAUGAAAUCAGCAAGGUCACCGCACAACUAUGCAUUGCCAUCGGAAGAGGACAAAUCUUGGUGCCAAAAGAAACUCGGUUUUUAUUGUUGUCUACCUGGUUGGAACCUCUUUAUGCAGACUUUGGGUGGAUAAGGAGGGCUUGUAAAUCUGUUGAUAAAAAACUGGUUGAGGAUGGACUAGGGCGAACCAUUCUUACCCUUCCACUGCUGCAACAGCAAGCUAUUUUGCUAAACUGGUUUGAUCGAUUCCUUAGUAAAGGGGAUGACUGCCCAAAUAUUCAGAGAGCAUUUGAGGUUUGGUGGAGAAGAGCUUUUGUCAGACAAUAUGUAGAUGCGCAGAGUAAUUCACAGUUGCAAAUUACUGUUUGCGAUUAUCCUAACUGAAAGGGUUGGAGCAGGGCUCCAGUCCUUUAACAAUGGAAUGGAUUCUGCACUUAGGGUCUCCUACACAAUUACAAGAAACCAACGUGCUGGCAAAGUGAUUUAAGGGCUUUCUGUGGAUGUUUGACAGUUAACCAUGAAUGACCCAUAUGAUUCUUUUACCCUUGCAUAUGGAGGACAGAAAUGGUGCUGAGCCAUGGGAAAAUUUAGACCACUUUUUAUGUAUCAAGAUAGAAUCAAGUUAAAGAAUCUCAAUAUUACUCCGCAUUGUACAACAUGCAUCAUACUGAUUUUCAUUUGUACAUGAUAAUUUCAUCAAUUAUCACUAGAUGAACUUCCUUGA